AUGUCCGAUGCGAAACCCGUGCCACGUACAGAUCAGAACGUCGCCCUAAAAACCAUCGACAUCGGCAAGACAGACGCGCCGCAGACGCGCUCCGAUGCGCAUGCAGGCCGCAAGCAACAAGGACUACUCAAGCCCGUAGCGAGCUCCUUAGUGGAUUUUACUCUCAUCUUGAGCCUUCUAUUCGGAGGAUGCUGCACUAAUGCCUGGUCAUAUGAGCACAUUCUAAGGAUGGAUUCGCAUCUUGGCACCGCGCUCACCUUCUCGCAAAUGUGUUUCAUCACCCUGCAUUCUCUCCCGUCUUUCAUCCACUGGGAUCGUCACUCUUGCUUACCGUACGCAGAGAGGAGGCACGUCCCAUUGCGCCAAUGGGCUGCUCAGGUCCUAGUUUUGACGUCUAGCUCACUCCUGAACAACUGGGCAUUUGCAUUUCAUGUUCCGCUCACUGUGCAAAUUGUCUUUCGUUCAGCCGGGCUGGCGGUAGCAAUGCUUCUAGGAUUUCUCAUCUUCAAAAGACGCUAUCCGGCAACUCAAAUUGUGAGUCUGGCGGUUGUCUCAAUAGGUGUCCUCCUCGCUACCCUAUCCCGACCGACCUCAUCCAAGUCGUCCGAUUACGAAGAAGCCGCUCUAUCCGCUAGAUAUGCGCUCGGCAUCAUGAUGAUGACCGUGUCGCUCCUCCUUACUGGCAUUCUUGGAAUGCUGCAAGAACACACGUACAGCACAUACGGCCCUUAUUGGAAGGAGGGCGUGUUCUACACGCAUCUAUUGUCGCUACCACUCUUCUUGUUUCUGGUUCCAGAUGUCAAGUACGGCUUCAAGAGCCUUUCCUCUCACACACAAUCCUGGACGUCCCCUACCGCAGGACCAUGGAUAUCUGCUAUCAUGUCACGCUACAGUCCAUACAUCGUUCUUGCAACAAACCUCAUUACACAGCUGAUCUGUGUCUCAGCUGUCAACCAACUAACAUCGCGUGUCACGUCUGUCUCGACUAAUCUGGUAUUGACAGCGCGCAAAGCGCUCAGCUUGUGUUUCAGCGUCUGGUGGUUCGGAAGCGGGUGGAACGCGCAGCUCAGUGUAGGCGCCGGAUUGGUCUUCAUCGGCUCAUUGCUCUACACGUUGGUCAACUCUGGCUCCAACAUACGGACAAGCACUGAAUCGAUAGCAGAUGGUACUUCCAAACGGAGGAAGAGGGCGAAAAGGAAGACAGCAUAGAGCUUAAGGAGCCCGCAUUGCAGACGCCGUCGACGGCAUCGUAUGCCGAGCCCCUCGCAGGCCUUGGACAUAUAGAUACCACACACGAGAGCGUGCAUACCGUGCGGAUGCCUUAGCAGCAUCUGCGCUUGACAUCUACAAAAUGGAAGCCAAUUAAGAGUAGAGAGUGCGCUAUGCGAUAUGUGUAACAUAAAUGUGAGAACAGAUACGAGAGACAUGCGACCAUCCCAAAACCGAAGGGGAACAAUGGAAAGAUAAGUCCCUACCAACCAAUACAAUGGGUAACCGGGCGGCGAACGGGACGGAUAGAAGCGAUAAAGGGAAGAUUUAGGUUAGGUAUCCAGGUCGUCGGCUACCGCUGUGACACUAGAAGUGAGCGAAUAAGCUGUGAGCGAGCAUGGAGUUAAGGUGGGGGAAUAAGGGGUAACACAGGUGACGGUUUCGACAUGAGAAGC